CUUUUUGGAACUUUUGUAACGUGAGCCACUUUGCAAACCCACCAAAACACGCGAUGCAGAUUUGCGAGCUGGAAGACGAGCUGGAGCAGGGCGGCUCGGCGACGUCGGUUCCCCAGCGCUGCAUCAGUUACGUGGCCAUGCAAGCCCUGUACGAGAUGCGGCUCAGCAACACGCUGUGCGACGCCACGAUCCACCAGGACGAGUUUACGUUCCGGGUGCACCGGGCGAUUCUGAGCUCGUGCAGCGACUACUUCCGGACGCUGUUCACGACGUCGGUGCCGAGCGAGAAGGACACGAUCACGAUCGCGGGCAUUCGGGGCGCGAUCAUGGAGCGGAUCAUCAAGUACGCGUACCUGAGGGAGUGCGAUGUUAGGGAGGAGGACAUGUUUGAGAUGUACGCCGCGGCGGAUUAUCUGGGCAUGGCGAGUCUGCAGGAGCGAUGUAUCCAGUACAUCAAGAAGGUUCUGCGGCCGAGCAACGCCGUGGUGAUCAUGCUGUACGCACGCCAGCGCAUGUGUCCACAGCUGUACGCGUACACGAGGGCGUACAUCAUGCGGCAUUUUGUGGAGAUUUCUAGAAGGUGUGCGGAUUUGAUGAACCUGGAGCUGGACGAUCUGUACGAGCUGCUGAGCGACGAAACGCUCAACGUCAAGGACGAAGAGAUGGUGUGGCAGUGUUGCGUGCGGUGGAUCAAGCACGAUCCUGGUAGCAGGGCUCAACACGUCGCGAAGCUCAUGAAGGCCGUACGGCUGGGGCUGCUGCGGACGCAGUUCUUCAUGGACGAGGUGAAGGAGAACCCGUUCGUGACGGCUUGCGACGCGACGAAGCCGAUCGUCAUCGAGGCGUUGACGUUUCUGUACGAUCUGGACAUGGUAAAUUCUACGCAGAACAAAAUUAAAACACCAUCGAUAGCGAUGCCACGACUUCCGCACGACGUGAUCUUCACGUUCGGAGGCUGGAGCGAAGGUCUGCCGCAAAGUGUGAUCGAGACGUACGAUACGAGGGCGGAUCGGUGGGUCAAGAUCGACGCCGGCAACCGGACGGAAGUUCGGGCGUAUUACGGUGCGGCUACGAUCGGGCCAAUGGUUUACUGCAUCGGUGGGUACGAUGGGGUCGAACACUUCAACACCUGUCGCCGGUUCGAUGCGGUGGAGAAAGUCUGGACGGAGAUCGCGCCGAUGCACAGUCGGAGGUGUUAUGUGAGUGUGGUGGAGUUGAGCGGGUUGAUCUACGCCAUGGGAGGGUACGAUGGACACAACCGGCAGAACACGGCCGAGGUGUACAAUCCCCGGACGAAUCAGUGGACCAUGAUCAACCCAAUGAACCACCUACGAUCGGACGCCGAUGCGUGCACGCUUGAGGGGAAGAUCUACAUCGUGGGUGGUUUCAACGGGCAGGAAUGUCUGAGCACGGCCGAGGUGUAUGACCCACGGGAAAACGCCUGGACGCUGCUGCCGAACAUGCACAACCGGCGAUCGGGAGUCUCGUGCAUUGCUCACAAAGGCACGAUCAACGUGAUCGGCGGGUUCAACGGGAUCGCUAGGAUGAGCAGCUGCGAGCGGUACGAUCCGUGCACCAAUCGGUGGCGCGAGUUCAAGGACAUGUACCACCAGCGAAGCAACUUUGGGAUCGAGGUGAUCGACGACAUGAUUUUCGCCAUCGGUGGAUACGACGGGGCCGUCGCAAUCUCCCAGACCGAGUGCUACGUCGCGGAAACGAACGAGUGGCUCGAGGCCACCGACCUGAACCAGAUGCGGUCGGCGUUCAAGGCGGUGAUCGUGUCGGGGCUGCCGAACGUGCGCGACUACAUCCACAAGGACCGCGAGAGCCUGAUCACCGAGCGGCGCCAAAAGAUCCACGUGGCCGAGCAGGAGGGCGACUUUAUCGCGUCCCUGUCGGCGAGCACCAUCAACGACGUUGACUGA